AUGUCAAAUCAAAGCAUUGUUUUAACGACAGAAUUUAUUUGUAGGGAAUUGUCUAAUUACGCCGAUGAGGUAGUUCAAUUUAAAGGAUCCGUAGCCGAAUAUGACUUGUGGUUCCCAAACGGCCCCAAGCUUGAUGAAGCCAAAACAAUUAAAAAUGUUAAAUGUUUUGUUUGUAAUCAUGCUGGAAAGCCACGUACACAUACCAAGCCUACAAAUAGCGAUGAUAGACCUGCCAAAAAAUCCCGCAUUUAUAGUCUAUCAAUCAAAGUUGGCUGUACCGCAAAAUUCAGAUACAAAGAAAUGCUCAACGGCCAGGUAGAGGUGUCCUAUUCUCGGGAGCAUAAAAACCAUAAUCCAUUAGAUACUUCCGACAUUGGCAAAUCGAAACUCACAAAGGAUUUCAAGGUUGAAUUUCCACACAUGUUGACAAAACAUGGAUUGCAAAUCUAUCAAGCCAUGAACAAACGGAUGACACAACCGCAUGAAGGAAAGAUAAUCGAUCUUUUGUCUGCUUUAACUCGUUUAUACACAUACGUUGUUGCUGAUUUAGGGUCUAAUAACAAUAUCCCUACCUAUUAUCUCACCCCUUCCUAUUUAUUAUCACUUCCCAAAGUUGAUACACCAAUUUCAGUUGAAGUAGUUGUUGAAUUAUAUCCUCGUGGAUCUGGUAGUUCGUCAGCCGAAAAUACCUGUACGACAUCCGCAACAUGA